AUCGAAGAGAUAGUAGGCCUUCAUGGACUGUGUGAUAGACGAAGCGUUAGUGGGAAAGUUCCAAUGGAAAUGAAGGUCCUCUACUUAAUUUCUGUACUUACAGUUUACUUCCAAGAAGGUCUGUGUGACUACCCCCACACGAAAUGCGAAUCUAAAGCAGGAGAAUACCAGACGUGCUUCUCCGAAACAUCAUGCUGUUAUAAUAAAUACAACUCGCACUCGACGUGCUGCGGACUGAGGGGAACGGCGGUGACCACAUGUCCCACUCUCGUUUCGUCCACGCUCUACUGCUACGGAACAUACUCCUACUGCUGUGCAUCAAAUACUGAGUAUUAUGGACCUGGACUCUUUUAUUCCUGCUGUGACUAUUGCGCUAAGUUUGGAUGCGGCAUCCAUUCGCCAAUAAGCAAACUAGCCGGCGGCAUCAUUGGCGGGAUCGUGUGUUUGAUUCUCGUCAUCAUCAUCCCCGUAGCGAUGUGUUGGUCAGCACCUUGGAAACUUAGAAAGAUCCAACCAAUGAAGAUGAGAAAUACGCAAAUCGAUCAAGUUCACCGACAGCCACCAUCCCGCGAUCGUGGUUCGGACGAAGCCCAGAAUCCCGGGAAGCCAUUUGCUGGUGCUCCAUAAGGAUUUUCGAAGUAGCCGUCGUUAUUGGGCACCCAAAUCCACCCUGUUUACAAAGAGCCACGCGCGUUCACUUGAGGAUAAGAGCUAAAUAGCCCCCACAGCCCCCACGACUACCCCCAUUGUCAACAUACGUGUGUUGUCAGUGGGGUGUAGUAGUGGGUUGGGGUGGUGUUAGUCAGUCGAGGAAAGUCACGAUUCUGGCGAAGUGAGCAUCUUCAGUUACAACGAACUUCGAAAGUUGACUUUGUUUGACUGCGGCGUUUUCUGCGUCAAGUCACAGAAAUCUGAGUGUCUAUUUAUCGUGAAAUGGUCUGUAGUCUUCCCAAGGAAGCGCCCGCAGCGGGAACGCUCUAGUGAAGUAAGGCCCUUGUGCCUACCAUGCUUUAUUCUUACAAAGUAUUUUUAUUGUUUUUUUUGU